GACGUAGUACCUAUUCUCGCCAACUCAUGCCUCGCUUCGUCAGCAAACCACUUCAUGCCAGGAAGUGGGGCCUCUCAGGGUAUAAGAACUAAGAAGUGAGAUACUAACUCAGCUCACACCCUCACUGCAGCAAGUGGCAGCUUCAUAAACUCGCCAUGGACGACAUCUUCAACCCCAAGGCGGAGGAAGCCAUCCUUGUCUCCCUCGAGAAGCUGCACGCACAAUCAACCACAUACCCAACCCUCCCCUCACCCGAGCUAUUGGCAACAGGGUCAUCCUCACUCGUCCCGUCCAUCGCCAGCACCAAGUCAGAGCAGGACGUGAUCAGGCACAUCACAGGAGAUAUUGUCCCUGCUCUCACAGGACAGGCUUUGAGCCCGCGGUACUAUGGCUUCGUGACUGGGUCCUCCCUCCCUAUCGCCGCCUGGGCCGACACACUCGUCACACGCAUCGACCAGAAUGUCCAGGUCCAUCUACCUCAUCAGACGAUUGCCACGGAGGUAGAAGACAGAGCAUUGCGUAUGUUAGGCGAGCUGCUGAAGCUAGGCGAUAGCUUCGAGGGCAGAACGCUCACGACGGGGGCGACGGGCAGCAAUGUCCUUGGGCUCGCUUGUGGACGCGAGGCAAUCAUCGAGAAAAGGGGUGGAAAUGUCGGUGAAGAUGGGCUCCUGGGAGCGUGUAUGGCUGCUGGUGUCAGCAACAUACAGGUCCUCACCAGCGGAGGGCAUAGCUCCCUCUCCAAGGCUGCCAGUAUCGUGGGACUGGGGAGACAGUCGGUGAAGGAGCUGGGUGUGAGCGCUGACGAGCCAUGGAAGUUGGAUAUCGACGUCGUGGAAAAGCAUCUACAAAAAGAGGGGACCGCGACUAUCAUUGGUAUCAGCGCAGGAGAAGUCAACACGGGCCGUUUCGCCGUGGACGGCCUAGCUGGUAUGAAGAGGCUCAGAGCAUUGGCCGACAAAUACAGCGCUUGGAUACACGUGGAUGGCGCAUUUGGUAUCUUCGCCCGUUGUCUCGACAACAUGGCUGACUUUGAGGAUCUCAAGCGCCAGGUAGAGGGCAUCCAGCUGGCGGACAGUAUCACUGUGGACGGGCACAAGAUUCUCAAUGUUCCGUAUGACUGCGGCAUGUUCUUCACCCGCUCCCAGUCAACACUGGCUUCCGUGUUCACCAAUCCCAACGCAGCAUACCUCGCCGGGGGCUCUGCUUCCAAAAUCUCUUCGCCUCUCAACAAUGGACUCGAGAACAGUCGCCGUUUCCGCGCCCUGCCGGUAUAUGCCACACUUCUCUCGCAAGGCUCGAAUGGGUUCGCCGCCAUGAUCUCCAGAAUGGUCCUCCUCGCCCGUCGAGUCGCAGGUUGGAUCCGUGCUUCUGAACAGUACGAGCUUCUCCCUGGUGGUGACUGGAACAUUGAGAAGGAAACGUUCAUCAUCGUCCUGUUUCGGGCGAGGGACAAUAACUUGAACGACAAUUUGGUGGAAAAGAUCAACGCCACGAGACAGAUGUAUGUCAGCGGGACCAAAUGGAAGGGCGAAAAGGCUGUGCGAAUCGCGGUGUCUACAUGGAAGGUGGAUGUCGAGAGAGACGGCCGCAUCGUUGAGCAGAUACUGGCGGCUGUCGCCGAGGGUCGUGACUUUGAAAUGGCCCAAGUCAAAUAGAAUUGCGCUUCCUGUUGGGAGGGGCCGCCUUGCGACAGACCUGUCGAACUCGCUUAACCAAACUUCUUGGAGCCACCCUUGCCCAAACUUGAGGCCUUGUUCUUGCCCUUCUUGCCCUGUCCAAUCAGCUCCAAGUGUCCGGCGCGUUCGCCCAGGACGGCCUCUGUCUGGGCCACCAUGCCCGAGGUGAACUUUCGGUUUACGCGAUCGGCAUUCUGCUUCGGUGUCUUCUUGGGUUUCGAGACUUUGGAGGCUUGACGCUUCGAGUGGACGACCUUUGCGGCGUUGCCCUUGAC